AACGUUACGGCUCGUCGUCCGCGAUGCGCCGCCCACAGACCGAAAGCGACGUCGACGACGACAAUGUGCCGAUUAUUAUUCACAAUGUUGCAGAAUACGAGUGCGCAGAGGAGUCAUCCAGCUCCUCAGAUGAUGAGCAUUCAGAUCAAGACGAGGAUGAUCUAAACGCAUCCUCACCCCGCCGGCGUCGAUUUCGACUCAAUCCUGCCUCGACAAGUUAUGCGUCCAGAUCGACGGCAUCUGCUGUCAUUGGUUCAUGGAUGUCAUCUUACGCUCGUUCGGCUGGAUUUCUUGAAGAGGCUGCGGGACCUGUAAACAAACUACGGAACGUUGCUUCAUUUGAUUCUAUUGGGAGCGAACCUCCUGAGGUCGCCUCCGUUGGACAGGUGGAGGAUGCAUUGGAACGAGAGCAUCUGUUGACAGACUAUGGCACUGUGGAGGGGGUAGAAGAAAUUGAUGCAAAAUUGCAGGAACACGAACAUGUGAUGGACGUAGGAACUGCGCCAAUGUCGACUUUUGCUCAAACGGUUUUUAAUGCAGUUAACGUCCUAAUGGGUAUUGGAAUCCUCUCCCUUCCGUUUGCCUUCCGCAUAACCGGUUGGGUUGUCGGUGGCAUUCUACUUACCUUAUGUUGCCUCAUGACCCAUCACACCGCACGGCUUCUGGCAAAAUGUUUAGACUACAGUUCUCCUCUACCGCAAAUCAAAGUACCCGGUGAACAGCUCACUUUAUUCCCAUCGUUCCGCCGUCGACCAACAACAUAUGGUGAUAUCGGUGAACUAGCAUAUGGAAGCAGAGGCCGGAACUUCAUUUCCGUGCUAUUCUGUGUGGAGCUGAUGGCUGCGUGUGUAGCUCUAGUUAUCCUGAUUUCCGAUUCCAUCACAGCGCUAUUUCCUGAAUGGCACCAUGUCGUGGUGAAGAGCGUGGCUGUUGGGCUCAUCAUCCCCAUGACAUAUCCAACAUCGUUGCGAUGGGCGAGCUACGGGAGUUUACUUGGCGUCGUAGCCUUGUCAAAUCUGAUGAUCAUUAUCCUGUAUGACGGGCUAACAACGGUAGAGACGCCGGGAAGCUUGAUCCAUCCUGCUGUUACGCGAAUCUGGCCGGAAAAUUGGGAGACAGUACCCUUGGCUAUUGGAUUGAUCAUGGCUGGUUUUUGCGGUCACAGUGUUUUCCCAAAUAUAUAUCGAGACAUGACCGAGCCUGAAAAAUACAACAAUAUGCUAAAUGUUUCCUAUGUGGUUGCGACGAUUAUGUACAUAUUUAUAGCUGCCUGUGGAUAUCUGAUGUUUGGCGACUUUACGAUGCCAGAGAUUACUCAAAACCUUCCCCAAGUUCCUUCGUACAACCAUAUCUUGACAUCAGUUACGCUCUGGCUAACGGCGAUCAACCCGCUGACAAAGUUCCCUCUCAAUGUGAACCCCAUCAACGUCCAGAUAGAACACUCCCUCCAUGCAGUCUUUCCUACGUACGUCCUCUAUCCCCUCCCCAUCCUUCACCGCGUUCUCCUUCGCUCGUUCACCUCCUUGCUCAUCCUUAUCAUUGCGAUUCUGUUUCCAACUUUCCAUUCUAUCAUGUCUCUCAUGGGGAGCUUGUUUGCCUUUUCGGUUUGUGUGGUAUUUCCUGGUAUGUGCUAUCUAAAGUUGUUUGGACCUCUCCUGGGUGCCAAGGAGUGGGCUAUGGAGAUGGGGGUAGUCGCCAUGGGUGUUGGGCUGGGCACUAUCGGAACCAUAUGGGCAUGUUUUGUUAAGUUUUAGAUAAAAGGGGUCUUAUCCUAGUUGUAGUUGGUUUAUUCCCAUAUCACUUUCCACAUAACACUAUAUAGUAUCUAGUAUCUACACCUGGAUGAUAUCACACUUUGCCAAACUCACCCAAGUCUUCCCAAUGUAAGUAUACCCUAUUACACGCU